UAGUCGAUUGGGUAAUGAUCAAUUACCGAUAAUGAACGUAAAAUUACAGUAAUUCAUUCCUGACUUAACGUUGUUUGAACGAAGCUCAGUCCUAACUGAUCCUUCGUUGGAUGCGGUGUGUUUCAAAAUGCAUUUUGUGAUACUUAUAUGUGUGUUUGGAUUAGUCGCAAAUGCAGCUGUCAUCGAUCGCGGUCUUCAAACACAAUUGAACAUGAAUCGAGAAGUGAAUAAGACUGAAACUAUUAUUGAUGAUAAUGCUAAUAAUGUUUUAAAAGGAAGCAAUAAUGAAUCUGACAGUAAAGCCGAGUCACGCGAUGUGUUAAAACCAAGGAGCCCCAAGAAUAUUGAAGACGGCUUAAGUCGAAUUGAAACCAUUGAUUUUGGUAACACAGCAGGAGUGGUUAAGGAGUAUAAUGGAGAAGCAGUUGUCGAAAACCCCACCGAUCGUUUGACGGAGGAUUUUAAUGAAAAAGAAAAAGAGUUUGAGCCUAAAUCCAACCACGAUUUCUUCGAAGGACCCUCGAUCUUCCCGAUCAUAGACUGUCCAGAAAACUGCACUGAACUGGAUUUUAAUGAGUUCAUAUUCAACGAAGAUAUUCAAAGUAAAUACAAGGAUGAGUAUUACGAUGACGCGAACGAUUUCUUUCUUGAUGCGUCUCGAUUUAAAAGGAGUGUGAACAUUAUCGAGGAGGAGAAUCGCGCGGUCACCGUUCCCAGCUACAAGAUCUCCGUAAAGGAUAUGAAAUUUAGCGAUACUAGAUCGUUCAACAAUGUACAUACUUAACAUUUCCAAGUAUUCUGGUCGUACAAUGUGAAGCGAGGGCCACAAAGCCUUCAUUGUUCUUUUAACAGUGGACCAAUUAAUAUGUCUUAGUCGAAGGCAUAAUUAAAAUUACAUUUAAAAUUUAAUCUCGCCUUUUUUAUUGGACGCCAUUUUGUUUCUGACGUAUUGAACACUUUACAAUUUUCGCGCGCUCGCUGUAAAUAAUUGUUAUUGUAAUAUGACGCUUUUAUAGCUUCAAGGAGGGCCGUGGGGGAUUUUGUAUACCAGAUAUUCAUCAUAUCAAUAAACAUGGACAUGUACGGAAACGGAUACGACGACAUUAAAAUAAAUAUGUAGAACUUUUUGGCGGGAACACGAAGAACGAAAUGGUGUGAAUUGUUUUUUUUUUUUUUUUUGUUAAUUCUGUUAAUGUUUAAUUGUGUGUUUCAAUGUGCUUCUGUGAAAGUGAAACGAGUAUGGCAAAAUUAAACGAAUUCAUUAACCAUCAUUUUACUGAGACUUUAUUUCAUUUAAUUUCAUUCAAUUUAUUUAAAGUCUUAAUCAACUUCGUUUCAUUUUGCAUCUCAU